AAUACAGCUCUUGCGUCACGUUCGCUGCAGCUUAUCGUUCAUUUUGUACCGUUGGUAGCUAAUGAGGCUGAAGCAUCCUUGAAGGAGGAUCAAAAACAUCUUAUGAGACAUUUCAGACAGGCUCUAAUGGACUAUUCGGAUCACAUUGGUGAGAUAAGAUCCAAGCUAAUCAGUGUUAUCGAUCAUCAUACGAUCAAUUGUCUGAGCAAUUGGGAAGUAAGCUCAUCGGUGCCGUCUUCAUCAUUUCAACAGAUAUGCCGACAAAUGCAAAAAUUCCAUAAUGGUCUAGCUGGCAUUAUUCCAGAUGAUCAAAUAAAGUCUCUUUUUGAAACAGUGCAUGAACAUUUCAAAGAGAAUUUGAAGCUACACCUGGCGAAAAUCGGAAUUUCACCACAUGAUUCGCUCAAAUAUGGGUAUGAGUACUUACUUACUUUAUUCUUCAUUCUGUGUGUGUCACAAGAUUACGCUUUCUACGCGCAGAGCUUGAGAGCAAUGUCCAGUUGUUGCGAACUCAACGUCGAAUCGUUGAAUGAUGUCAUUUAUGGAAGAUGA